AUGGCUAGCGCUGCUGCGAUGCUGGGAUGGGCGAGCAGUCCUGCGUCUCCCGCUUCCUCUCCAACUGAGCCGGGCUCGUUUCCAGCACCGCCAUCGGCUGCUCCCAGGUCUCAAGAUGCGCGUCUUGCCGCCGGUUGCGCACAACUACACCCAAAACAACCAUCCUCGCCUCCUUCGCUCUGGGUAUCCACCGCCGCCAAUCUGGCUUUCCGGGCGAGCAAGACACCUCCUCCAAAUGCCGAGCAGCUGGCUUUCUCCAGGCAAGACUCGGCACAUGCCGCAAAGGGAGUAAUGGCCAACUCGAGACCGAGGCCGAGGGCGAGGUCGACCCCUCAAACGCCGACGGAGAAGAACGCAGAUCCGUUCAACGCCGGGUCGGAUGCCCUGAGCGCGGCGACCAUCGCGCAUGGGCGGUCCGCACGGUCAAGCACCAUCUCGGCAGGCGAAGCGGGCGCGGUCCCCUACACGACCAUGAACAGGCAGAUGUUCACCUCGCACCCGCCGGUCAGGCCGGAAAUCGAUGAGAAGAACCGCGCCGAGGUUCUGCACGCAUCGGCCAUUGCCAUGGCCAAGAAGAUGUACGACCAGCAGCAGAAGAUGAUCGACAGUUCCGCCCGAGCCCGUGGCCAUGCGCGGACGUCGUCCCUUCCCGGCGGCCCUGUUGACUCGGAAAGUCUUUCGAGUGCGCGGAACGAAGAACAGGCCCCGAUGGCGUACGGCAGCCUGCAGGAGGCGGCGUACCGACUGGCGCAAGAGCGCCUCGCCAAGUUACAAGAAGAACACCAAAAGCAGAGAGGUCUGCAGGAUCGCUACGCUGAGUCAGCCGCACCACCGCACCGGAGCAGGUUCGGCUCCAUCAAAAGCAAGUUGACUAGGAAGCGGUCAUCGAGCGACGGAGACCUGCCAGGAGAGGACAGGCAGCGGUCGGAGCAGAUCCGCAGGCAGAUGUCCCUUCUGAACAACAGGCUGAGCGAGGUGGAUGGGGAGAAGCGGGCGCGCGACCGGAAGGCGCUGCUUGCCGCAGCGCAGCGGAACGUGAAGGCCCAGCUGCAUGCGAUGGAUGCGAAAGUGCAGUCAGACACGGGCCGAGUGCCCCAGAUCACGAUGGACGACUGGGGGAGAAAGGCGCUCGUGGCGGCGCGGGCGAGGUUCGACGCGAGCAAUGAAACGGCGGGUAAAGUCGACCUUGGCGGCGGCAAGUUUAUGGAUAGGUCCGAGGUGGAGAGAAUUGCCGCUGGGAGGAUCCAGCCUCUGCUGGAUGAGAUCAACGAGAAGGCCGAGAAGGAGCAGGAAAGGCAGGCGGAGGAAAGAUUGGAGGAGGAAAGGCAGAAGGAGGAGGCAGAGAGGGACAGGAUGAGAGAGAAGGAGAUCCAGGAGAUCCACAAAAAGCUGAAAGAGCAACAAAAGCAGGACGAGAAAGCGAGAGAGGCGGAGAUCAAGCAAAAGGAGAAGAUCCGGAAGGACGAAGAAAGGGCGGCCAAAGCCGAACAAAAGCAAGCUGCAAAGCUAGAAGAGGGGAAGGAGGAGGAGGAGGAGAAGGAGGGCCUCCCGCGAUCCACCACCGGUCAGACCGAGGCGGUCGACCAGGGCCAGCUACAGCCCACCGCCGAGAGCAAGCCCAGCACCAGCGCCCGCCAUGUCCGCGCCUUGUCGAUCAGGUUCCCGAAGCGCCCAUCCAGGACGCCCAAGGCCCUAGUAGAUACAGCGGUGGAAGGGCAGCAGCCUAGUUCAGCCGACGAGUCGACUUCCCCUAAGCAGAAAGUCCGUGCUUGGUUGCUCUCCCGCUUUCCCCGGCCGCGCGCCAAGUCUGCAGGCACAGCUCCGGCUGCGGAACAGGCAGCUCGCGACAGCAAUCCUCCCACAAAAAGGGGCUUCAUCGGCGGCGUGGCCCUGGCCCGCCUCAGGCGAGAUAACGCCAGCACGCCCUCGGUGGUAGAACGGCAAGAACAAGGCACGGGGGCUGGGUCCGGGGCGGAUAAGACGGCAGAGAACGACAGUGCGAGCAGCACGAGACGCGACUCGAGCAUGUGCGAGGUGGCCAUGGCAGGGCGGCGGACCACCACGAAGGGUGCAGACGAGCCAGGCGAGAGCAGCGUGGCUACAGCUACUACCGCAUCGGCUCGGGUGACCGUCCCUUCGACUCCUCCCCAGCGGCCCGUCUCGCAGGUCUCGCAGGCUAGUGUCCCCAUCUCGGUGUCGGAGCAGCCAUCUGUUAGUAGCCUGAGGAGUUCGAGUGCGAGAAGGAGCAGCAGCAGCAGCAACAGUGGUAGUGGCAGUGGCGAGGAUAAGUUUGUGGAGGCGAGGAGCGAGCCGGAGACGACGAGGUCCAAGAAUCUGACGCCGCCUAGGGUGCUGGGGGCCGGACAGGGGAUGGCGGGGAAGGCCAGUCCGUUUAGGGAGUCGCGGUUUUCGGAGAUUUUGGAAUAG